UCAAUUGCUCAAGUCACAUGGAUGAAUUCUAUGAACGUUCUACACUAUUCUAGAAAAAAUAAGGUCAUUUUUGUCAUUAACAAUGUAACUAUUCCUUUUUUUUUCUUCCAUUUUAUUUUUAACCGUUAGUUAAACAUUCUGUUACAUAUAAAAUCAAUCUCACGAAAAAUAUUCAUUUCAACAAUUCAAUGGAAUCAACAACGAGUAUUCCAUUUCCAUCCUCGAUUACCGAUUCGAGUUCGAAAGAUGAAAAAGCUAUCACAAUUCAACAACUGAAAAUGCAAUUUCACGGCACCAGAAAAGGGGAUCUGGACACCAUUGAAUCAUACAUCAACCAUUUGCAAUCAAUAGCCGAUUCUCUAUCCGCUAACGAAAAUCCUUUAUCAGAUUCAGAUUUGGUACUGCAACUUCUCGCCGGUUUGCCUUCUCCUCAAUACUCGCCUUACCAGAACAGAAUCUCAUCGCAGUCACCUCUACCUGAUUUUUCAACUGCUUCUUCUUUGCUCUACAUGUACGAAUCGUUAUUAAAUCAUACUUCGAAAGAUCAAAAUUAUGAUAAUAAAGAGAUGCUGCAUAAGAUUGUUGAUGUGUUUAGUACUGUAACUAGUGCUGUUGCUACAGUAAUGGAUGUAUGGAGUAUGUUUGGAAAAUCUGCUACAACGACAAGUAGUACAGGAAACAGAAGAAACAGUAGAAGACGUAAUCGAGGAAGAGGGAGGAGGUAGAAAUUUGUUUCGAGUUUUCGAAGAAAUUAGAAAAUGUAAUCUAUAAGUAUUGUGUUGCUAUGUUUUAGAGUUUUUUUUUUUGUGUGUGUGUGAUUUUUCAUUUUAUGUAUGUAAAAUAAGAAUAGACUGUUUUUGCUUGUUACGACUGAAUAUGGUGUAGAAUUUGAUUAUUUGGUGGUCGGAUAAGAAAUAUGUGUUUUUGAAAAAUGAGUUAAUGGUAUAUAAAAUAAUCAGAUGUGAUAUUUAUUUAA